AUGGAGCAGAUGCCAAGCCAUAAGGUACCCUACGGAAUCUGAAGAGGCCCUCGUGUGUAACGAAUGCUGUCUGGUCCCUAAUGUCUUCAUGAAGAGAUCCACACACAUGCGGAUCCCCCCUGUUUUCAUUUGGACCACAAAAAUCGGAGAAACCCAUGGAGAUAAGUCAAUUCUUUCGAUUACACCUGUAUUCAAGAGUCGAUCUAGCUCUGUGGAAACAGCAUCUCUCACAGAGAAUGCCAAAUGCAGAAUGCUGUGAUGAAGGAGUGGAGAGGGCACAAACUGAUGCAGAUUGUGGUGGCGGCAACACAGUGUGUCCAUCAAAUCGGAGCUGGAGUCCUUUAAUCAGAUCCAUGCCUUGCAAAGCUGUGCCAUUGUCGACAAUGAAGAAGUGCGCAGGACAGAUAUGCAGCUCUGACCACUAACAUCUCACAUUUACCCUACUUCUCACUCUGUUGGCUGCAUCAAAACACAGUCAUAUCUCUGGAUAGCAUUGCAAGCCAAUCUGUACAAACAAAGUUGCUGUACAAAAAUAAAAACAUACUUGACAGAAAGAUGUUUCUUAUGAUGCAUGUGCUUUUCAUUGUAUUGAUUGACUUCAGCUUUGCCAAAGAUUGGUGCUACUUUGGCUGUGAAAACUCUCCCUCCCAUUGGGGUAAACAUUAUCCCAAAUGUAAUGGCGGUAAGCAGUCUCCAGUCAACAUUGACACUCAGAAGGUCAUGAAAAACCAUAAGCUUGGACCAUUUGACCUAAUUAACUUCACUCUUCCAUACACUAUGAAGAGGCUGAAGAAUACCGGACACACAGUUGAAUGUGAGCUACAGGAAGGUGUAGUAGCAGUUCAAGGAGGAGGUCUGAGGCACAAAUACAUCGUCCUGCAGUUCCAUUUCCACUGGGGAGGAAGGGACUUGAUACACCACCCAGGAUCCGAACACUCUCUAGAUGGACGCAGAUCUCCUAUAGAGAUGCACAUUGUCAGCAGGAGAAGUGAUCUCAAUGACAGCACAGCAACUGCAUUUCAGGAUGGCUUCGCUGUGUUUGCAUUUUUCAUGGUUGUGGAAGACAAGCAAAAGGAAAAGCCACAUAUCUGGAAAAACUUCACAGAUUAUCUUCAGAAAAUACCAGUACAGGGAAACAAAGUUCGAAUUAUGGAGCCCUUUUCUAUGGAUCAGCUCUUAAAGGGUGUUGAUCUCACCAAGUACUAUCGCUACAAUGGCUCUCUGACCACCCCUCCCUGUGAUGAAUCUGUGGUAUGGACCAUCUUCAAGGACCCAAUUCGGAUCAGCAGAGAUCUGUUAUUCAGGUUCCCGGCACAACUUUCCUUCAACAACGUGUAUCGCCCACAGCAGUUUCUGAAUAACCGUGUGGUCUUUGCGUCAGCUGCUGUUAAUGCUGAUUCACUUGCUGGUCAAUCAACUGGGCACAUCCGGGUACAUGGGGGUCAUAAUCCAUAGCAGAAAUCAUGCAUAUACCUGCAGUACAAUUAUAAAAGUUGUUUGGCAAUAGCCAACAUGAAAAUAAAAAUAUGCCUCUG